AUGACGGUCUCCGGUGAAUCCGAGGUGGCUUUAGUCUUGGUCGAAGUUGGUGAGAUGGGACGAGCGAAACUAACCCUGGAACUUAGAAAUAACCACAAGGCAUGCCGUGUAACUUUUGAAAAGAGAAGGAAAGGCUUGGAGAAGAAGGCUUAUGAAUUGUCGACUCUAUGUGGAGUCAAAAUAGGCAUGAUUCUCUACGGGCCAGCCGAAGGUGACGAACCAGUCGAGCCUACAAUUUGGCCUGAAAAUCGUGAAGAGAUUGAAAACUUGAUCAGCUCCUACAAGAAGAGAUCAGAUGAUGAUUGCAGACAAAGAACCUAUGAUUUGUCAUUUUUCUUCCAGAAUAAAGUGAAGAAAGUCCAAGAAGAGCUUGUGAAAAUGCGUAACAAGAACAUCGAAGUUAAGUACCCAACUUGGGAUGCAUCGUAUGAUAACUUGACAUACGACGAACUGAAACACUUCAGUAGUCUUCUGCAGGCUAAGAUUGAGAAUGUCAAGUCUCGAAUUAAUUUGAUGAAUCAGAAUCAAAUGAAUGCUCAAUCAAUUCAAGAAAAUAUAUACGUCUACCAAAGUAAGUUGUAUUAUCAGCAGCAGCAAUCUUUGAUGCCACACGGCUCAUUCAAUAUGGCUGAUCCGAGGCUGAUGAUGAUGCCAAUGAAUGAUGGUGCAUCGAGUAGUAGCAGCAACUAUAUAUAUAAUGCUGAAGAUACUCACGGAGAUUAUACGUAUAGCAAUGGUGGUGAAAUCCGGGGCAAUUAUAUUGGCAGUGAAAUCCCAGUUUCCUAUAUAUGUAAUGCUGAAGAUACUUACGGAAAUUGUACGUAUAGCAAUGGUGGCGAAAUCCGGGGCAAUUAUAUUAACAGUGAAAUCCCAGUUUCCCAUGGUUUAGGGUUCGGGGUACUCGACAAUGUUCCUUUUUCCAAUGCUGAGAUGUGCUCUUAUUUGCCAAACUUGUAUCCAAUGCCUCAGUACUCGCAGUUUCCAGUGUUUUCAAGUCCUACCCUUCAACUGCAAGCAGCUGACACUGAAAAUUAUCGUCGAAGGCAUGAUUUUCAGCUUCAUAAUCCAAUGUAGAAGAAAUUUUUGCUGUGAAAUUUAUUUCAGGAUCUGCUGGUUACUAGACUCAUUAACUGGGCAGUCUAGUAUAGUACUGAUUUCGAUUAAUGUAUCAACUUAAUUCUGCUGACUAUAGUCGUGUCUUUUGCAUAGACAUG